AAGCGCGAGCUGCACGGUACUCGACUGUCGAACAGGGUCCUGCAGUUCUUGCGCCACAUGCCUGCCCCAGCAUGUGUUCCAGGACUAGCUUGGAGGCAGCGCUGGUCGGGUCGUGGCAGUCAUCUUCAAGGAACUGGCUGCGUUUGGCUCCCUGGUCCGUUGUGGCAAACAGGCGCAGUCCUUUGGCGCUGAGCGCGCUCUGGAAUACUUCUUGGCAGGCUUUGGUUGCCGAGCAGCGAUCCAUCGUCCACGACCUGCUGUCGCAGACGCAGUUGUUGGAGCUGCGGCAGGAUCGUCUCACCCAGGAAGCCCAGCGCGCGGGGGAGGAGAUGAAAAGCCUGCGCGAGGGUCACCAACAGCUGCUCAAGGACUUUGGCAACUUGCAGGAAGAGUUUGGCGCAGCGCGAGAUUGCCUGACCGGCGCCAACUUGGUGUCGCGACCGGCGUUGGACCGAAAGUUGAGCAGGCGCCGUGCACCACGUGUCUUGCAGACGGCAGUGGAGGACCCAGGUCUUUCCUUGGCCUUGGGGCAUGCCCUAGGCGUCGUGGGCUGCAUGCGCUUCCGCGAGACUACGCGUGGCCUCAGCCAAGGCCUCGGCAAGUGCUUGCCGCUGCUGAAGAAGAGGAUGCCUCCUGAUAUCUACGUGCUGGGAGGUAAGAAUGAUUCUUCGCCUGCGCUGGCAACAGUUGAGUGUUUCAGCCCUCUCCAUGGCGAGUGGCGCGCUGUGCCGCCCAUGACGGUCAAGCGCUACGGCUGCGCUGCAGCGACAGUCAACGGUCAGCUCUAUGUGGUCGGAGGCCACGACGGACAAAAGACCGUGGCGUCUGCUGAGCGCUUCGACCCAUCACUGAACCGCUGGACGCGACUGCCAGAUUUGUUGAUGGCGCGAUCCAGGUGUGCUGCAGUGGCUGCCCGUGGCGCUCUGCAUGUUCUUGGCGGCCGUUCAGAGAGCCGCGCAGCGCUGCCCACAGAACGCUUCAGCACGUCCACAAACAAGUGGCAGGCCUUGCCGCCCAUGCCUUUGGCGCCCCUUGGCUGCGCGGCAGCGGAGCUCUCCGGUUUCAUCUACGCAGUAGGUGUCAACGCAGACAGGAACAUGAUUGUGGAGGUAUUUGAUCCUGUCACAUGUCGCUGGUCCACGGUAGCGCCAGUCCCAAGGCACCGAUUUGGGGUGGCAGCUGCUGCAGUGGCAGGGUCUUUGUACAUUGCUGGAGGGCACAAUGGCCAGAAGGCUGUAGCCGAGCUGGAGCGUUGUGACUGCAACAAGAAAGGUCACUGGGAGUUGUUGCCAAACGCGCCCAACGCUCGGCAUGGAUCGGCCGCAGCUGCGGCAGCAGGUUCAUUUUACUUAAUUGGCGGGGACGACGGCAAAAGUUUGGCCAGUGUUGAACGGUUUGACCCGACGCUGAAGUGCUGGGUCACACUGCCGCCGCUGCCUACGGGCCGUUUUGGCUGCGCCGCUGCGGUAGCUUGGGGCUAGGCGCCUGAACGCGAGUCACUGACCCACACUUCCGCACAAUUGUUGCCAGGCCUGCAGGGCACGUGCAGGGGUUUUAUUGCUCAAAGAAGCAGUCGGUCGUUGUGGCAGAAACAAGCCUUGCUCCCCUUUCACGAUUGGUGCCUGCGAAGAGCGCGGAGCGCCAGAUGUGAUUGCAGCG